UGAGUGUAGAGUGAUGGGAGCCGGCUGAGGGAACAGGAGCGAGUGAUCACUCUCCGCGCUGCUGAUGUCAGGUACACAGAUGUGAAGGAUGACCUCUUGCUCAGAGAUCUGUGGGUCGGAGUACGGAGAGCAAGUUCAAGCCACUGGGAACUGCCAGCAGUAUGGAGUCCGCUCCUACCUACACCAGUUUUAUGAGGAGUGCACAGCUUCUAUUUGGGAACGUGAUGAAGAUUUUCAGAUUCAGAGAUCACCUAGCAGGUGGAGCUCUUUACUCUGGAAGGUCUGUCUCGUGUUCGGCUCCCUGAUCUUGGUAUCAGGCUUCGUUGUUGUUUUGGUAGGGUAUGCCACUCCAGCCAGGAUCGAGGCAUUUGGCGAGGAUGAUCUACUUUUUGUCGACAGCCACGCUGUAAGUUUCAACCGCGCACUGGACGUCUGCAAACUGACGGGUGCCGUGUUGUUCUGUGUGGGCGGCACCUCCAUGGCUGUGGGCCUCCUGCUGUCUGCCUUUGCCAAAAGCUAUUCCAAAGAAGAAUUGUAUCUGCAGCAGAAGUUUAAGGAGAGGUUGGCAGAUCUGCAAGCAACAGUUGGUACCCCCAUAAUGAAGGCACCCACCCCCGGGGAGGGAAAAGUGCCAGUCACGCUUUCCAAAGUCCAGAACAUCCAGCCAGCAAACUCAAAGUUGGACACCUGACAGACGUCCACAUGAAGGCAUAAAGUGGAGAAGUGUGUAUGAGGAAUGAUUGGAGAGCAGACUAUGUGCGAGUGCGUAUACACACGUGUGUGUGUUUUGAUCUACAUGUGUAUUUUCUCCUUUGAAAGGUCAGCUUACAUGUUACUUAUUAUAUCGUUUCCUUGUCUUUAUUUGCCGUGUUUGACACUAAAGAUUGAUUUCACGGUUAUAUACAGUAGCUGCAGAGUUAAUAUGGAGAUGAACAAAAGGAACAUCAGCUGCGUAAAAUUCAUAGUUAUCUAACAAAGCACAUGCAGCUCUCGAGCUCUGCCCAGAAAACAAACCUCAGACACAAAUCAAUAGAACGCGGCUGCUGAACAACAUAAUCGUAGCUUCCACAGAGCAUUUUCCUGCUGAGAGGAUUCACAUUAUGAAAAAAAGAAAAGGAUGGUGUUAGUGCUGGAGGGUGCAGAGCGGCAGAUGCAGUGUUGUUUGAAGUUAUUGCUGAUUGGGCCCUAUGCACAGAAAUGAUCAAAAGACGAACCAAGCACAACAACCAUUAUUUCUGCCUGGUGUCUAAAAGAACAGCGGAGGACGAGUGUUAUUAUGGAAGCUAUACUCAUGUGUGCAUACUCUGUGUAUUUAUCCCUGAACUGAGAGCAAGACCUGUCCAUCACGACCACAGAACAUGAAUACAUAUGCUUCAGCUGAUGAGUACUUCCUCUGAUACAUGCAACAACAUGCCAAGAGAAGUGUGAACAGAUAUUUCUCCAAGUAGUUCACACAGUCAGAACAAAUUAGGCACAAACUGAUUAGAACAAACCUUGCGGGUAGAUCCCACACUGACAUUUUCAUCCGUCUUGUUAGGCCUCUGAUUUUGUCUUCUCCAGUAAAUCCUCAGAAAGGAUCGAUAAGACGAGACCAGACAGACUGAUGAAAGCUACAUUGAACCGGACAGAACAUGCAGAGCGGCACAGUCUGCCACUAAAUCAAACAGCUUAUACUUUCUGGACGAGAUAAACAAGGCUUUCAUCAUGUCGUCUGUCGCAAACACACUCAUUCUCUGUUCCUCUCCUCCUGAGCUGGUCAAAUGAGAUGUUCAGGUACUGUGUGUUAAAGAUGGAGAAGGUGCGAGGGUGCGUGAGGAGAGACAACAUGACGGAUAUGUUACGUAAAAGGGGGGGGGUGAGGAGAGCUCACUCAGCUCUCCCAUGAGAUUGUGUGUGAGAGCGCUCACUGUUUUCAGUGUGAUGUGAUAAUUCACAGACAAUGUACAGCCAAUAUAUCACCCGAUACCAGAUCUGACACAGCCAAUAUCAAUAAGGUUUUUAUUUUAUUCCAGACAAGCUUGGCACAAGCUCAAGCUCACAUACUGUAACUGUAACUUUCAAGCACAACAAGCUGUAAACAGUCAUGUGUCGGUACUUUUUAAAACCUUUUCUCUUUGUGUUUCAUAAAUAUGUGGUUUGAAUUUUUGUGACCAUGCCACUUCAAAUGAUUAUUCUUAUUUCUUUGUGUUUAUAUUUUAGAUCCAUUACAACACACUGGACUUAGAUUUGAAAUCAUUUGUUACAGUGGUAGUUACUGUCGAAGUGCCAUUAAGCUACAGGCCUCAAAAUGUGCAACAAUGCAGCAGCUCCUUCAGAUUCAUGCAGCAAGAAUUGUGGAUACUUAUUGUAUAAAAUAAUGUGCUCAUGUAUCUUGACUUUUCAAUAUCACAGGCUUUGCUCUCGUCUUUAUUGCCUUUCCUCUUUAACUUUGAGAAAGUCUGGAUUUUCAUUUCAACACUUAAACAUAUUCGGCUCAUUCAGAACAAACUAUUGUAGCUUUAGCUGUGAAGAACAACAUACUAACAAGUGAGAUGUUAUAAAGGAACCAACUGUAGUAGUACAAUACAAGAAGACUAAGCUGCUGUAACCAAACACUCCAGUGGGCCAGUGUUUAGUAAAUGGAUAAUAAAUGUGCUGAUUUAUUGUUA